CUGACUGAGGGAGUGCAGCUCCUCCCCAAUUACACCCUUUAAUACAAGUGGAGCAGGACAACACGGCAGCUCUGCUACAGAACAGCAUCUCUUCUCACUCUGACCUUACAGCAUGAAGACUCUUCAGGAAAGGAUCGUCAUUCUUUCAGUUGUGCUGUGUUUGAUCUGUGCCAUUCAGGUCAGCGCUCUGCCUCUGCCUGAGGAAUGGGACGGCGGUUUGCUCUCACGGACAAAACGAUCACUGCUGUGGCGCUGGAACAGCAUGAAGCCAAUUGGUGCCAGCUGCAGAGAACAUUCAGAGUGCGGCACCAAAUACUGCAGGAGAAAUACAUGUGCCUUCUGGAUAUCCUACUAAAGCAGAGGUGCACAAACAUGGCUCCAGCAGGGCAACUGUCUGCAAAACAAACGUCUCCCACAUGACACUGAAGUCACCUGUCACAGUCAUUUUCACGCUGACAUUGUGGUGUGAGCGGAAGACAGAAGUGUUUUUAUGAGUUACAGUAAUCUGAUACGCAGCUCUGCACUGAGGCAACAAACAAAGCUGUAAAAGCGGGAAUCACGUGAACAGUAAAAAAAAAAAAAAAGGCUCCAUCUGCAGUGAUCGUGUUUUUAAUGUCAUGUGAUCGUGUUUUUAAGUAUGUCAUUUCUUAAACGCAACACCACUAAACCACCUGUUUAUACCGGGAUUAGUUUGUUUUAUAAGAAAAUACAAGUGCUCAUGCAAAGUUUGUGUGUUCAUUUGUUCAUAUAUUUAUUUUGUACAUAUUGUAAGCUAUGUAUAUAUGGAAAACACUGUAUAUAUAUGUCGGUUGUGUUUCUUUAAUUG